UUGCACAAGCUCCCCCCCUGGAUUCUGGACUGAGAGUGUAUGUUGCUGCUCCAAUGGCCGUUUUCAACACUGAGAACAUUCGUGCUACAGUUUGGAUUGCCCUCAAGAGGCUUGAUCUCAAUGAUAACAGGGUCACAGCCCUCCGGGAGGUUCCCAUUCCGAGUGGAGCCAAAGUAACCAGCAUAAAACAAAUACUGGCUCAGUCUUUCAGGCUUGACACGUCUCAGAAAAUACUUAAGAUACGAAACAAUCGAGGAUGUCUAAUUCCAUUAAACUGCUCCAUGCCACCAAACAGCAAGCAAAUGCCAUACGUCCUUGAAGUGGCCAGAAACUACCAGCAUGUCAAUCCAAGACCCAGAAGUAUUCCCAUGACUGUUAUUAAUAAAACCCUGAAGUCGAGACUACAGAGCGUUGUGAAAAGGAUUGAAAGAUUAGAAGAGCUGUUGCCUCAAAUCAAGCUAAAACACCAUGAAAAGAUGACAAAGGAUAUUGAGUUAUUGAAUCAAAAGCUGGUAUUUCUUCACAAACGAAUGCAGAUGGCUGAGUCGUAUUGUUGGGAGGGGAUGUUGAGAAGAGCUCCUCUGUGGUGAAUGAUUCCUAAGUUUCAGGAAGUCUGGUUGAGCUGUUGAUUUUCACCAACUAACAUAACCAAUAAUAUCUUAGAGAGAAGAAUCAGGCUGUUCAGUUUUUCUUUUGUAUCUGUAGAGAAUCUGCAUGAUCUUUCUGGAGUUUAAGAUAAAUAACUCGCCAUGUAUUUUAUCUGCAUAGUGGACACAUGUCAGAUUGAAAAUGCAUGAGUGCGAUUGCAUUUAUAUAUGGCAUCUACAAAUAAAUUCUACAAAUAAAUGCUUAAGAUUUUCAUGAUUUUUAGUGGCUGUAGUAAUCCAGUUCUCCUCAGAUUCAUACAGGUUCUAGCAGAGUAACCACAGGUGUAGAGAUUGACCUUAACUACUAUAUCAACUGGAUGCAUUGCUGUGAAUAGGUGCCGUCAGAAUGAGAGUUCAAACAGCUGAUAAAAGCACCACUAUAAUCCUCAAGUAAUCCACACCACUCCAGUCCACCAAUUAAUGUCUUAAAAAGCCAAUAACUGUGUUUGUAACUUUCAAACUUUAAACCAUUGCUUCUGACUAAAAUACAAGUCCUCAUAUUGCUUUCUCCAGUGAAAUUGAUUAAGUGAAUUUACAGCAGAAUUUAGAGUAGCU